AUGAAUUAUUCGAUUCCACCAUCAACUGCAGAGCAAUUAUUACUAUUACCUUCGGAUAGUGCUUGUUUUACUCCUGAUACUUUAUCAAUUAGUUCAGCAUUAUCAUUUGAUAAUAAUAAUUAUAAUUGUGACAAUGGUGAACACUUGUCAAAUAUUAUUCCCGAAAAUGGUAUUCCAAAACGUGAAGAAAAUAUGAGAAAUGAUCAAUUGGCCAUUAACAAUGCAUAUACUAUGGAAAAGACGAAAAAUGAAAAUACUGGAGUGAACAACUGGGUAGAUGAUUCUAAAUCAGUCUAUAGUUUAUUCGAGACUGAAUAUGAUAUUAAAACAACAAAUCGACAUAAAUUCCCUGACUGGACUUGGGCCACUCAUUCCGGAAGUGAUUUACACUCCAAAAAGAAUAAAACUCAUGCUUCGUCAUCUUUCUACCAAUUGCUCGAUAUGAAUGUUGAACCUGUUGAUAAUACGAUUCAAAAACUGCAUAUCCCAUCACAGUAUCAGCUAGAAGAAUUGCAAAACUUCGCACCAUACGUUGAUGUCACAUACGCUGAACGAACCCCUACGGUGCCAUACCUUCCGCAUACCUUAACUAGAUCAGAAUAUAUAUUUGACGGAAACGGCGACAAUGCUCUAUGA